UCCAACAGACCCCAACAGUGACCACGAUCGACACGACGACACACCCUAUAUGGGACCUGCCCUUCCCAGCAGUUGCAAUUUGCAAUUUCAACAAAAUCUAUCAGCCUGUAGCCGAUCGAUUGAAGGAAGACUUCCAAAAGGUGGGUCUCACGGUCGCGCAGAUCGAAGACUUCUUCCAAUCACUGCCAAAGCUGGUCCGUCCAGAAUACAUAAGCGUUAAUGUCACUCCAGGAAUGCGAGCCAUGUCUGUUCUCGGCUAUACAGUGGAGAAACUAAUGCGUCGGUUGAUGCAGCCUUGCGACAAAAUGUUGAUCAAGUGCGCUUGGUUAGGCCAACUGUACAACUGCUCCAAGAUGUUCCGGGCGAUUAAAUCAACCGAAGGCUUUUGCUGUGCUUUCAAUUAUCACGCCAUGAUUGCGUCUGACUCCGACACAAUACCUUCGACCUACCAAAAAUUCGUACCAGGAGUAAUUAGCGCAAGUACUGAGUCUGAACAAAAUUCUUAUUGGGUUCCUGGAGUGGAAGGAAUCGAGAAAGUCGCAGGAUCCGGCAGAGACGUUGGCCUGUCCGUGAUAUUUGAUCUGGAAGAAAAGUUUUACGGAGGUGCGACCCGCCCGUACAUCGGAGCAUCGGUGAUGCUUUACGACGCGGAAGAUUAUCCAGAAAUCUCAGUACUUACCUCUCUGGCAGAACCAGGAAAAGAGAUUGACAUCGCGAUAACAGGGACCAUAGUCGAAAGCGUGGCGAGCGUUCGAACCCUUUCUGUUGAACGGCGACAGUGUUGGUUCGAUGAUGAGGUCAGUUUGAAAUCAUCGCCACUCUACAGUUAUCCAACAUGCGUUACCGAAUGCAGAAUCGAACACAUCAGAAGCUUGUGCAACUGCAUACCAUUCUACUAUCCGCACUCUUAUGCGAAAACUCGGACGUGUGGUUUAACGGAUGUGCACUGCCUGCGGACUUACAGACGAGUUCUGUCAAGCUUACAAACGCCGAUAGAUAUGAAUAUUGAAAACAGCACGUUGAAAACCGCCGAAUGUCAGUGCCUUCCUCAAUGUACUGAUAGAUGGUAUUCUUUCGCAACCGAAGCGGCCGAUAUGAAACAAGUUAAAUACGACGCACCGAUGUUCCAAUAUUACAGCCAUGGCUUGGACGUUCGAAAUUUAUCUCUGAUUUACGUCUACUUCCGAGACAUUUCGUGUCUUAAGUAUCGCAAGGAUAUUUGGCUCACCUGGGACGGUUUGUUUGCAUCCUUUGGCGGAAUUUUUGGUCUAUGCCUAGGUGGAUCCGUUAUUAGCCUGAUCGAACUCCUAUACUUCUAUAUGGUAAGAAUAUUCCACAAAAGAGAUUACCAAACGGUUAUUUCCGUAAAGAAGUCUGUCGCUUCAAAGUUACAAAACAAAAAUAUUAAGUGGAUAGACGUGACGGCAAAUCCCGGCUUGAACAAUCAUAAUCUAGAGAUGUUAAAGCGCAGCUUAUGGUUACCUUCAACCAACUCUACAGAGGACGACGUUCCUUCGUUAUCGAAUCGGUUCAAAAGUUUCCGAGCUUCUACCAGAUUGAAACAUAACAGGAUGAUCGCAGACUAACUUCAACGAUGUAACGUUUAUAAUGCACGUUUUGUUGUAUCGUCGUCACGGUGCAAAGAAAACACUUGUACUACCAAACAGUCUUUACGUUCCAACAAAUUGGAUACGAU